AUGAAAGCUCAUAAAGCCAGCUAUGUAAAUAAAAACCCUGUAGACAGAGGUGAGGAGAAGGAGACCCUUGGGGAUUUGUUGUUUGUGAAGGGCUGCUCCAUUAACUUCCAACAGAGAGCUGCCUCUGCUACUGCCCUCAUUGAGGUGUCUCCUGUAGACCCUGAAAAGACAAAGCCUGCCAGUGCCAUCUUGCAGUUUACUGACUUGAAAGGGCUGAGGAAGAGGGACAGGAGCUGCUCCCCCUCACCCGGUACCACAACCCCCAUUCCCCAUCCCCUGCUGCUCCCCCUCACCCGUACCACAACCCCAUUCCCCAUCCCCGCUGCUCCCCCCUCACCCCGUACCACAACCCCAUUCCUCCAUCCCCCGCUGCUCCCCCUCACCCCGUACCACAACCCCAUCCCCUCAUCCCCGCCACUCCCCUCAACCCGUACCACAACCCCCAUUCCUCCAUCCCCGCCGCUCCCCCUCCGUCACAACCAUUCCAACAUCCCCAUUCCCUCCAUCCCCCUCCAUCCCCCCUGCUCCCCCUCAUUCGGUACCACAACCCCCAUUCCUCCAUCCCCCGCUGCUCCCCUCUCAUCCCGUCACCACAACCCCCAUUCCUCCAUCCCCCGCUGCUCCCCCCUCACCCCGUACCACAACCCCAUUCCUCCAUCCCCCGCUGCUCCCCAUCAAACCGUACCACAACCCCCAUUCCUCCAUCCCCAGCUGCUCCCCCUCACCCCGUACCACAACCCCCAUUCCUCCAUCCCCCGCUGCUCCCCCUCAAACCGUACCACAACCCCCAUUCCUCCAUCCCCCGCUGCUCCCCCUCAUUCCGGUACCACAACCCCCAUUCCUCCAUCCCCGCUGCUCCCCCUCAAUCGGUACCACAACCCCAUUCCUCCAUCCCCGCUGCUCCCCCUCACCCCGUACCACAACCCCAUUCCCCCAUCCCCUGCUGCUUCCCCUCACCCCGUACCACAACCCCAUUCCCCCAUCCUCCACUGCUCCCCCUCAUCCCGUAACACAACCCCCAUCCUCCUCAUCCCCCGCCGCUCCCCCUCAUCCCAUACCACAACCCCCAUCCUCCUCAUCCCCUGCCGCUCCCCCUCAAUCCGUACCACAACCCCCAUUCACCCAUCCUCCGCUGCUCCCCCUCACCCCGUACCACAACCCCCAUUCCCCUAUCCCCUACUGCUCCCCCUCACGCCGUACCACAACCCCAUUCCUCCACCCCCGUUGCUCCCCCUCAUCCUGUACCACAACCCCCAUUCCCCAUCCCCCGCCGCUCCCCCUCACUCCAUACCACAACCCCCAUCCUCCCCGUCCCCCGCCGCUCCCCUCACCCCGUACCACAACCCCCAUCCUCCUUCAUCCCCUACCGCUCCCCCUCAUGCCGUACCACAACCCCCAUCCUCCCCCAUCCCCCGCUCCCCCUCAUCCUGUACCACAACCCCCAUCCUCCUCAUCCCCGCCACUCCCCCUCAUACCGUACCACAACCCCAUCCCUCCCCCCGUCCCCCGCCGCUCCCCUCACCCCGUACCACAACCCCCAUUCCUCCAUCCCCUGCUGCUUCCCUCAUGCCGUACCACAACCCCCAUUCCCCCAUCCCCUGCUGCUCCCCCUCACCCCGUACCACAACCCCCAUUCCCCCAUCCCCUACUGCUCCCCCUCAUACCGUACCACAACCCCCAUCCUCCCUCAUCCCCUGCCGCUCCCCCUCACCCCGUACCACAACCCCCAUCCUCCCUCAUCCCCUGCCGCUCCCCCUCAUCCCGUACCACAACCCCCAUCCUCCCCCAUCCCCCUGCUCCCCCUCACCCCUCACCCCCAUUCCCCAUUCCCCUCACCCCACAACCCCCAUUCCUCCAUCCCCGCUGCUCCCCCUCAUCCGUACCACAACACCCAUCCUCCCUCAUCCCCUGCCGCUCCCCCUCAUCCCGUACCACAACCCCCAUCCUCCCCGUCCCCCGCCGCUCCCCUCAAUCUGUACCACAACCCCAUCCUCCCUCAUCCCCCGCCGCUCCAGUGCCCUCGAUUUAUUUCUUCUUCCCAUCAGACAGAGAAAUGGAGAGAUGGAGAACAGAGAGUGA